AUGUCAAACGAAGCUUUUCGUCUCCUUUCGCGCGGAGGAGUUGUAUUUGACAAAUCUAAGUCGGACGUACAGCUUUUCAAUAAGAAGAAACGACCGCAAGGCAAAGAUUCGAGCGCGGUGAACUCGGAGAGUGGACAGAUACCUGUUGAACUAGACUUUUUCAGAUACGCGCAGAACAACGGGAAGCGAAAGCCUUCGGAGUCUAGUAAUCAGCCUAAAGGGAAGAGAAGAAAGACGGAAAGCGACGAGGAGGACGAGGAUGAAGAAGCUUCCCCGGACUCGAAGGCGCCGUUGCCCGCCCCGGGACCAACGCGUAUGCAGGCAGUGUGGGCACUCCAUUCGAAGGAACAGAAAGGCACUCGGACUGCCCAUCGUGUGACCACCAAGGGCACAAAUGUUCCUUCGCAUGUGGAUUCAUUUGAAGGGCUCAAGAAGUACACCAUCCCCUCGCACUUGUUCGCGAACCUCACAUCCAGUGGUUAUAAAGAGCCAACAAGCAUACAGUCGUAUUGCAUUCCUAUUAUGUUAGAGGGUCGCGACAUAGCAGCCAUCUCGCCGACUGGUACAGGAAAAACCCUUGCAUAUCUCCUUCCCAUAUUUUCGAAGCUUGGUUCCCCAGCAUCUAGCUCUAGUGGUGACGUCGGCACAGGAGUCCGCGCAGUCAUUGUGGUGCCCACUCGUGAACUUGCUCAUCAAAUACACAAUGAGUGUCUGAAACUCGCCCAGGGUCGAAAGUGGAAGCUCGUCCUGUUCAGUAAAGCAACAGCCAAUGCAUUAUCUCAGAAAGCAGCGCGGGAUAAAGUGGACAUCAUCAUUAGCACGCCGUUGCGUCUAGUUGCGGCGUUGCAGGAAGGAAACUUGGAGCUGAAUAAUGUCCGACAUCUUGUUCUUGAUGAAGCAGAUCGCAUGCUCGAUACCGAGUUCAUGCCCCAAAUACAAGAAAUUGUCGCGGCCUGCAGCCAUUCAAAGCUUCAGAAAGCUUUAUUCAGUGCAACAUUACCCGCUGGUGCUGAAAGGCUCGCCAUGGAGAUGCUCGACGACCCUGUUCGUGUCGUCGUGGGUCUGAAGGACACGCCUCUUCCUCUCAUAGCGCAGUCCUUGACCUAUGUUGCUGAUGAUCCUUCCAAGCUUCCAAGUCUUCUUACCUAUCUCGCUCAGCCUUACAACCCUCCUGUUUUAAUCUUCACCUCCACUCAAACACGUGCGACAUCACUAGCAGAAGAGCUUGUUCUGAAUGGGAUUUCCAAUGUCGACUGCCUACAUGCCGGUAUGACGCAGAAAGAACGCGAUGAUUCUCUGAGUAGGAUGCGCAAGGGAGAAAGCUGGGUGAUGAUAACUACAGAAGUUAUGGCGCGCGGUAUGGAUUUCAAGGGUGUUCGAGAAGUCAUCAACUACGAUUUCCCAACAACUAUUCAGAGUUAUGUGCACCGGAUUGGUCGUACCGGACGUGCGGGCAGAGAAGGAAAAGCGGUAACAUUCUUUACGGACGAGGAUGCACCGUACCUCAAGAUGAUCGCGAACGUCAUUCUUCAAUCGGGAUUUACGGUUCCUGAUUGGAUCCUCAAGUUGCCUAAGCCAUCGAAACUAAAGCGCAGACAAAUGGGCAAGGUCAAACGCCCUGACAUCGUCAAUCCUGCGAGAAAGGUCGGGCGACGAGAUGCAGUCAAGAAGCGGGACAUGGUAGCAGGGUCGAAGCGCAGAUCAGCCAAAGCAGCUGAGAAUUCUUCGGAAAGCGAAGAAAUAUAG